CUCAUUUGAGAAGUGGAUCACUCUGUAUUUCUCUCUCUUUCCUUUGCUAUCGAUUUUCUACAUUUUCGUCUACACUUCCAUGAUUCCAUCUUGACACCAUUGCUCUAUUCUUCUAUCUUUUUCACUGUCUAACAAUAAUCGAAUCCAAAUUCCUGUUCUUCAUUUUUAAAGUUUCCAACUCUUGUCGCCUUGCCGGAGAAGGAGAGACCCAAUCUUUGAGACUUGGAGGAGUGUUGGACGUUGGCUGCUUGAUUCUUGAAGACUAGUUGAGGCCGCCUGACACCUUGCCCACUGCCGACUAAACCACGACUGCCCCCCGGCCUCCACGUCUUCCACUGUUUUUCUAGAUUCUUGAAGACUGAUACUUACAUUUGCUUUUGAAAACAACUCAGCUUUUCUAGAUUCCUGAGGUAAUUUUGGUGAUACAUACUUUUGCAGAAGAAUUUAAUGGAAGGGGAGAGUGAGCUUGAGCUUCUACAAAGAUAUCGGCGUGAUAGGCGUGUGCUUCUUACUUUUAUGCUUUCUGGUAGCUUGAUUAAGAAAGUUAUACUUCCUCCUGGAGCUGUUUCAUUGGAUGAUGUGGAUCUUGACCAAGUCAGUGUUGAUUAUGUCCUUAGCUGUGUUAAAAAAGGAGAGAUGCUUGAACUUUCUGAAGCUAUUAGAGAUUAUCAUGAUGGCUCAGAGUUCCCUUAUAUGAAUAAUUGGGGUUCCAACGAUGAGUUUUUUCUUGUUACAAACCAUGAACUUUCUGGAUCACCUCCAAGACGAGUACCACCUCCAGUACCAAUAGUUGCCUCAUCAACCAUUCUUCCGAGUUUGUCAAAAUUGGAGGUGAUUGAUGACGGUGACAUGUUAUUGAACUCAGAGCCUUCUAUACAUGAUGCCCCUUCAAAUGUAGACUUGCUUUCUAGGAAAAGCAUGUCACAAGUUGAAUCUUUCAGUUCUAACCAAGCUAAAGAGUUGACUGUGGAUGACAUUGAAGACUUUGAGGACGAUGAUGAUUUAGAAGAAGUUGAUAGCCGAAGGCUUUCAAGACGAAUGCCAAAUGAUGCUUCUGAUCUUGUAGCAGUUUUACCAACUUUUGCGACAGGUAUCACCGAUGACGAUCUUCGGGAAACUUCUUAUGAGAUCCUUUUAGCAUGUGCUGGAGCUUCAGGAGGUCUUAUUGUACCAUCAAAAGAUAAGAAGAAAGAGAAGAAAUCAUCCAGAUUGCUUAAAAAGCUUGGGCGUAGUAAAACUGAGCAUAUUGCAGCUGAGCCCCAACGUGCAUCUGGUUUGGUUGGUCUGUUAGAGACUAUGCGGGUUCAAAUGGAGAUUUCAGAGGCCAUGGAUAUCAGAACUAGACAAGGACUUCUUAAUGCUCUUUCUGAGAAGGUUGGAAAAAGAAUGGACACUUUUUUGGUUCCUUUAGAAUUGCUAUGCUCUAUUUCCCGCACAGAGUUCUCUGACAAAAAAGCAUAUAUACGGUGGCAGAAAAGACAGUUAAACAUGUUGGAGGAGGGGCUUCUAAAUCAUCCUGUUGUUGGCUUUGGAGAAUCUGGACGGAAGGCCAAUGAAGUGAGAAUUCUCCUAGCUAAAAUUGAGGAAUCCGAGUUCCUUCCAGCUACUACAGGAGAGCUACAAAGGUUAGAAUGUUUAAAAUCUCUUAAAGAUGUUGCCAAUUCUCUUGCAGAGAGGCCUGCUCGCGGUGACUUAACUGGUGAAAUUUGUCACUGGGCUGAUGGUUAUCAUCUUAAUGUUCGGCUGUAUGAGAAGUUGCUUCUUAGUGUUUUUGACAUCCUGGAUGAGGGAAAGCUUACAGAGGAAGUUGAGGAGAUACUUGAGCUAUUAAAGUCGACAUGGCGCGUACUGGGAAUAACAGAGACCAUACACUGUACGUGCUAUGCUUGGGUUUUAUUUCGCCAGUCUGUGAUAACAGGUGAAAAAGGAAUGCUUCAGUUUGCCAUCGAGCAGUUGAAGAGAAUCCCUUUAAAAGAACAGCGUGGUCCACAGGAGAGGUUGCACUUGAAAAGUCUGCAAUCAAAGAUGGAACUUGAAUCAGGGUCUCAAAUUACUUCUUUUCUUCAAGCAUUCCUUGGACCAAUCCAGAAGUGGGCUGAUAGACUGCUUGCGGAUUAUCAUUUGCAUUUUUCUGAGGAUCCGCAAAAGAUGGAGGAUAUUGCAACUGUGGCAAUGGUUUCUCGGAGACUGCUGAUAGAGGAAUCACAACAAUCCAUCAAUGAUCAGGAUCAGAUUGAAUCAUUUGUAAAUUCGUCAAUUAAAAGUGCAUUUGCACGGAUGCUACAUGAUGUUGAUGCAAACUCAGACACAACACAUGACCACCCAUUAACAUUGCUUGUUGAAGAAAUAAAGAAACUACUUAAGAAAGAGACAACAUUGUUUGUCCCAAUUUUGUCUCAGUGGCACUCACAAGUUCUUGUUGUUUCGACUUCUCUUCUUCACAAACUCUACGGAAUGAAAUUAAAACCCUUCCUUGAUGGUGCUGAGCAUUUGACAGAAGAUGUAGUAUCUGUAUUUCCAGCAGCUAAUAGCCUUGAGCAGUACAUCAUGGGGCUUUUGACUUCAGCUUUUGGUGAAGAAGUUGCUGAGAACUACUGCAAAAAACUUGGGAGGUAUCAGAUCGAAACCUUAUCUGGAACAUUAGUAAUGCGCUGGGUCAAUGCACAGCUGCAAAGAAUUCAAAAUUGGAUUGCACGUGUCAUUCAACAGGAGCGAUGGGAACCGAUAUCACCUCAGCAAAGAUACGGAACUUCAAUUGUUGAAGUCUACAGGAUAGUGGAAGAGACAGUGGACCAAUUUUUUGCCCUGAAAGUUCCUAUGGGUUUUGGGGAGCUUGGUAGCUUAUGCCGCGGUAUUGACAAUGCAUUUCAAGUGUAUGCAGAUCUUACUGUUGGCAAUUUGGCCAGCAAAGAGGAUUUGAUGCCACCUGUGCCUAUCUUGACAAGAUAUCGAAAGGAAGCUGGUAUUAAGGCUUUUGUUAAGAAAGAACUUUUGGACCACCAAAAAAUUCUGGAAGAGAGAAAACCAAGUGAUAUCAGUGUUUUGCCAACCCCAGUUUUGUGUGUUCAAUUAAAUACUCUUUAUUAUGCAGUUAGUCAUCUUAGUAAGCUGGAAGAUAGCAUUUGUGAGCGAUGGUUGAAAAAGAAGCCAAGUGACAAGUUUACCAAAAGGAAUUUGGAUGAGAAGUCAAGAAGCUUCAAUCAAAGAAACACUUUUGAUGGUUGCAGAAAAGACCUCAAUGCUGCAAUUGACAGAAUAUGUGAAUAUACUGGCACCAAGAUCAUUUUUUGGGAACUAAGGGAACCAUUUAUUGACAAUUUGUACAAGCCGAAUGCUACUCAAUCUAGGUUGGAAGCUUUAAUUGAACCACUUGAUCUGGAAUUAAAUCAGCUAUGUGCUGUUAUCGUGGAGCCUCUACGAGAUCGGCUUGUUACUAGUCUUCUACAAGCAUCUCUUGAUGGUCUGCUGCGUGUUUUAUUAGAUGGAGGCCCAUCUCGUGUUUUCUCCCAGGGCGAUGCUAAACUAUUUGAAGAAGAUUUAGAUGUUUUAAAGGAGUUCUUUAUUUCUGGAGGAGAUGGUCUUCCACGAGGAGUUGUGGAAAAUUUAGUGGCACGUACUCGGCAUGUAAUACAGCUGCAUGGAUAUGAGACUCGAGAGUUGAUUGAAGACUUGAAAUCAGCAAGUGGGUUAGAACAAAGGCGAAGUAAACUGGGAUCUGAUACGAAGACCUUACUAAGAAUAUUAUGCCACAGGGGUGACUCGGAGGCAUCUCAGUAUGUGAAGAAACAGUUCAAGAUUCCAAAAUCUGGUACUUGACAUGUGUAAAUCGACAUGAGAAACUACUAUACAAAGAGUUCUUUAUUUGUGGUUGUACAGAGUUGCUAUAUGAUUUGAGCUUUCUUGUAGCACAAGAAUCUCCCUUUUGUAUUUUGCAAAUUUUCUUUCCAGUUUUGUAUUUAUAAUUAAAUUUGUUUAUUUAUGUAACCUACAGUUUUAUCCAAGUAGUUUUGCCUUCUUAA